UUUAUUGAAAUGUAUAAAGUAUUCACCUAGAAGAGCCCUUUCACGUUUGCCAUCCCUCGAACAUAGCAUUUUCAUAUUUUGUAUUCUAUCUGUGAGAAUUAAGUCCAACAGAGGUUUAUCUUUGAAUCGCAUAUCGUGAGGGAUGGAGCUGAGCGCCGUGGCGAGUGAAGGGCUUACUUUAUGCGGGGAUACGGCCCGUGUUGGAGAUAGGAGCUUCCGGUGUCUUGUAAUGUCUGCAUGUGACAUUCUUCUCAAACGAAAGGACGAGGAUGUUCUACACGAUAAUGAUGAGCUAUCUUCAGUUGAUGCUGCUGUGUUAAAGCAGUCCUAUGCUGGGAUAGUGACCCUUGCGCUUGAGGCGGCCAAGACAAACAGUGAUACACCUCAGAUAAGCUCGUUGCUCGAGGACUGCAAAUGGGGAAGUGAAAGAAUCAACUAUUUCACCAGUUUGUAUGAGGAAAUAAAACCAGAGCUAGAAGCAGAGCUAAGCAGUAUUGGCAGUUCAUUUCCUCACAUAGUUGAUGUUGAUUGGAGACUAGAUUAUUACAUCAAGAACAACCACAUGGAGAAAGUCAAUCAGCCAACAUACCUGAUAACUUUGAAGACUGAGGAAACUAACAAGUCUAAAGGAAAGGAUAUCCAAUUUUCAUGCUCCAUGGAACAAUUACAGGAUCUGGUUGGCAAGCUGAGAGAUGCAUGUAAAACAAUGGAGCGGGUGGCUAACAUGUGAAGAUUUGGAGGUUGGCUCCUGUACUUAGUAAUAAGUUGGGCGCAUUCUUAAUCAUUCAAUCAUUGUACAAAGUGGUAGUACAUUAAACUAUAUAGGCAGGGAAAGAAUAUGUGUUUUAUUUAGAGCUUAUAAAACCUGAUAGGGAAUUGCUUUGUGAUCAAUUUAAGAGUCAAGGAAUCUUCUCUGAACAGUGAUUUCAGAGAGUUAUCAUGUCUUAAGACAAACUACAGACAAACAGAAUAACAACUUAUUGAUUAAGUUGAUAUUAUAUUUUUAUAUGCCAACAAUCUUGUACCAAGAGGAAAAAAAGCUGAACCAUUAAUAUCAAUGGAUAAAUUAAAAAAAACUUUUUUUUGUUAAAAUUAACUUUGGUACAUUAUUCUUGGUGGGAAAAAUAUUUAGCUGGCUCAAAAUCUUGAAUAAUGCUGCUAUAAUAUAUGUAUAUUCUUGUUAUAUUAAUAUGAAAAAUUCAUAUUGCAAAAUAUACACGAGAUCAAGAUACACAGGCAUCAGUCUAGGGGAUAAAUGGUCUUGUAGAUAUGCAUCCAACCAUUAGAUCCAGGAUGCCGGCAAGAAGGUUGCUGCCUCACGCACAUUCUCUAUUGCACACCCACACUGUGACGCUGGCAAGAAAACUUUUGAAAGCAUAUCUGGCUGCCGUUACAGAUUGCAAAGCAUUUUGGGAUACCCAUGGAAAACGAGGAGACUUUCCUACAAUUGACAGUUUUUUUAGAAAGUUGUUUCACCCCAAAGAAUAGCAGUGUUAUAAACAAUUUUAGAAUAUAUCUUAUCUUACCAACAUUCAUAAUCAGUUAAGGAUUAAUGUUCUUGGGCACUAUCCCAAUAUGCUAAUUAAAAUUACAGGCAACUGUCACAUAAAGUUUCCUCAAGCCCCUAACUAUGUGAGAUUAGAGUUGGACCACAAAGCACUGUUAAAUAGCUUGGAUAUCGCUGACUAGGUAGUAGUAGCUUUAUUUUAAGAGGGUAACAAUUAAAAGUGUGGUACACUUACAAACUUGUGAGGUCAGUAUGCAGCUCUUACAAGCUGCAAUUUGAUUGGGCAAAUGAACAAUAUCCGCACCUCGUCACAAAGAACGAGAAGAAUAGAGACAAAAGAACUCCUUUGUAGAACAAAGAUAAUAGGAGACAAAGCAGCUGCGUACUUACUCAACUUGUGGCCUUUCGUAAAAAAAAAACAAGUUUGUUUCAUAGUUUAAAAGUUCUCCCCACCUCAAGCUCACGCAAAUAUUUUGGCAAAAUGAAAUUGACCCACCAAACCUAGUUUUUGCAUUGUGUACAUAAAUGUUAAAUCUCUGAUAAAGUAUUCAGAAACUACAAUCUGAAUUCUCUUGAAAAGAAGGGAGCAUUUCAUCAGAAUGUUCUCAAUAUGAGAAGGAACAGGUCCAGUUUGUUGAAUAAAGGGAUGGAAGGCA